UUUUAGGCACAUUUUGGCAUUAUUGGAUUAAGUGUAGAAAGUGUUUUUUAUGUACAAUUAAUUAAAUUAAACUAGUUAACACUUGUAAAUCAUCUAAAUGUGGCAUCGAUUGAACUUUGCGUGCGAAUCAAACUGAAAGCGAGCGUAGUAAUUAAAAUUUCACCACAAUUACCUAAGCUAAGCCGAUAGUAAAAAUUAAAAGAGCAACAACUGCAGCAGCAGCAGCAGCAAACAAAGAGAUAGCGCCAGCAGAGACGAAAGACCACGACAAAUACACAACAGAGCGACAAAUACAAAAACUCGUUUCUUGUGUGCGUGUGCGUUUCUCUUCUUUUUAUUUGCAUUGCAGGCAAAGCGGUCGCUGCGACAUUUCGUGGCAAAGACUGACCACAAGAGGGGCGUGCUUGCAUCUAGAAGUCCGUAAGCAGAAACAGCAGCAGAUUGCAACAUUAUGAUGGUUGAGUCCGACGGUACCGCUGACGCCACCCGUCGUCUCAAUGUUAAGAAACAAACGCUAGACGAUGCCUACGCCGUGCCCGCAAAUUUCCUCGAAAUCGACGUUGUCAAUCCGUUAACCACCAUGGCGGCGGGCAAGAAGCGCUACACAGACUAUGAAGUGCGCAUGAGGACCAAUUUGCCGGUAUUCAAAGUAAAGGAAUCGAGUGUGCGACGCCGCUACAGCGAUUUUGAAUGGCUAAGAAAUGAACUGGAGCGCGAUAGCAAGAUUGUGGUGCCGCCAUUGCCUGGCAAGGCAUGGAAGCGACAGAUGCCUUUCCGUGGCGACGAGGGUCUCUUUGACGAGAAUUUCAUCGAAGAGCGAAGAAAGGGAUUGGAGGCGUUCAUCAAUAAGAUAGCCGGACAUCCGCUGGCGCAGAACGAGCGCUGCCUGCAUAUGUUCCUGCAGGAGAAUGUCAUCGAUAAAAACUAUGUGCCCGGCAAGAUACGCAACACAUAAGGUCGCUGAUUCCCGCUCAGGAUAUCAAUAACAGCAGUAGCAAUGCAAUGAAGCAAAAGCUCGAAACGAACAAAACUUAAGAAUUGAAAAUUACGAAAAACCAAUUAGGCAAAAUCAAUCCGUGUGUUGUAUGUGUGCGUGUGUGUUUAGCCAGUUACGAGUAAUAACGAAAUAAUAGAUGUUAAAAAGAAAUUGAAACACCAACUGCUUCUUCAGCUGGGGCGAGCGGAUGUGGCUCAGUUAAUGUUAAGCAUGCUCCAGCUGAAGUAUUGGGAAUUUUUAUUGCUAAAUUAAUAUGUUUAUAUGCAAUGGUAUACAUACAAUACAAAUUAUAUACUAUACAAUAUAUAUAAUAUAUAUAAAAUAUACAUACAUAUUUACCUUCUAGUGUACAUAAUACAUACAUACAUCCAUCAAACCAGUACGGACUGGCCGUCGCACCGUCUCAUCGCAACGAGUCCCAUUGCAGGACAAGUCUGUAGGGCUUGAGAACGUCUCGAAUCCGAGUGUGAGCACAUCCCUGCUCCUCCUCCACCUCAUCCCACUCCAAAAACUUUAGUUGUUGUAUAAAAUUUGAAUGAUUGAGUUAAUAAUUGCGAUAGUAAAGCAAAAAGUUACCCUCCACAUCCAUGGAUUAGUACUAUAUAUAUGUAUAAUUAUACAGUUGCAACUGUUGUGCAAAUUACUGAAUAUUUUUGAAUUAUUUUAGUGAACAAUAUAUGUAUUGUAUUUCGAAUCAACUCAAAAUAAUUCCAAUAAUAAUAAUACAUGUAUUUUACUAAA